CUACUUUAAGAGCAUCUAAAUGGCAUUUAGAAAUAUUUUUCUCUAAUUCUAAUGUUUCUUUUAAGACUUUUUAUUCUUCUUCUAAUUGCUUAUUUAUUUCAAGUAAUUCAUUCUUCUUUUUCUCUAAAUUAGUUGUUAAUGAUUAUAAACUUUUAACUUCUUCAUUAGAUUUCACUCACCAAAAUAUUGCAUUGUGA